GACUAUUCACUUUGAUCUUGGAUCUUUAUCAGAAAAAGAUAUCCUCCAUUAUAGGAAUAGAUAUGGGAACUUUAGGAGUUCUUCCACAGAACCAAACCAAAAGAACCCUUUAAGGUGCUAAAUUGAACAUUUAUAUCAGUGGAAUCAAUUUGCUUAUUAGUAAAUGCAGGUUUCUUAACUAGACUCUACGAGUGUGGAGCGACUAUAAGGAGAAGAUGCGGGUGCUGCUGUUCUCUCUGGCUUUACUGGCCUUGCUGAAGGUUUUCCACUCAGCUCCCAGUCGCGCUCCACCGGCUGUAUCGACCGAAACUGUCAAACGACUCUCUCUGGAAGGGGAAAAGCUCGUGGAUGAGGAGGUGCAGAGAGCUCUCUAUGGCAUUAAGCAGAUGAAAGAGGUGAUGGCCAGCAACGAGAAGAAACACAAGCAACUGAUCAAGACGCUUGAAAACAGCAGAGAAAAGAAGAAGGAGGUGGCUGAGAUGGCUCAGCAUGUGGUAAAGAAGUUGGAUGAGGCUGAGCAGCAGUGUAAGGAGACUUUGAAGUCCUUGUGGGAUGAGUGUCAGCCCUGCCUGCAAGAGGCCUGCAAGAGCUUCUACAACAACACCUGCCGUCGUGGCUUUGCUACUUUUGCCAAUAAGCUGGAAGGCUUCUUCCACAGGGUAAACGCACACUUUGGUGUGCCUAGCACUCGGGAAGAACUCACUGUGAACAAGAGUGCAGAGAUGGUCGACUUGGACUUGAGGAGGAUAGAGGACUCCUUUAACGAUCUGGUCUCCAAAGUUGACAUCCUGGUAAACCGCAGCAUGGCACUCGUAUUCAGAUUCCACAGCAAGCUGGACGAAACGCUGCAGCAGGUCUUCGCUCCAAAGCCACAGGAAGAUAAGGAGAUCGAAGCGCCGGACUCGGACUUCAUGCAGGGAAUAGGAGUAGGGCUCAAGGAAGUGUUGGAGUCCUUUGUCGACUUUACGAGCAGCGUGAUGGAGGAGUUUGAAUCGGUGAUCACGCAGGCUUUUGAUGACCUGCGUGGGGUCAUAGAAGAAGAAGAGACGGAACAAGAGAAACAUCUGCUCCCUGGAUUCAUUCAGAACAGGACGUUGUGUAGAGAUCUGCGCAGACAGUCAGCAGAGUGCUGGCAACUCCAGAACAAGUGCCAAGCCUGCCAGGGACCUCUAUUCUCUGAGUGUCCAAGCAUGCGGGAGUUACACAUUGAGCUGAAUGAAGUAUCUGGGCUUCUGGAGGUUGCUAAGGAGCAGUAUGAAGAGGUUCUAGGUAUUGCGGAGCGUCACACUGUGGACACCAUCAGCUGGAUCAACAACAUGGCCGGCCAGUUUGGCUGGGUGGCUGAGCUUGCUGAUGGUGGUGUCACGAAUGAGAACUUCUUCAGCGUCACCACGGUGGAGAAUGAAGAGGCAGUUCACGUUCCAGGAGAAGGAAUGAACACUCCGGCGGCUGACACUAAGGUUGAAGUGAACAUCCUGAAUGCUCCUCCUCUUAUAUUCACUGUUCCAGGCAGCCUGCAGCCACAAGACCCUGCUUUCAUCCAGUACAUAGCCAAUGAGGCUUUGGGUUUCUACAAACACAAGAUCAGGAUGGAAGAUGCUUGAGACUGUCCGGAGAACGAGGUCUUUAACACUUGGAUAAACGAAUGUAGGUGUAGAAGUGUGGCGUACCUGUUAACAUGGCAUACAUUUGAGUUCUCCGGUACAGUAAACUGUUUCAGUGUAAUGGUAAUGGUUUAGUAUAGCAGCUAGGGUAGGGGGUCGACCAUACAGCUCAGCAGGUUAGAAUCAGUCCAAUAAAAGGUUGUAACUCAGCCCAUCAGAUCAAUUCAGAAUUUAUGCUAUAAAUUAAUAUUAACUUGUGAGCCGUAAUUCAAUGGAAUUUUUUUUUUAAAGAAAAAUAGAGCAAUAAACCCAGGACUAUAAACUCGGCCACUGACAAAAUGUGCAACAAUUUAACACAAGCUCCUAAUUAAAUUAAUUUAGAGUUUCAGGUCAUAACACUACAAAAUGUAGAAAUGUAUGCAAGACACAGUAUGGUAAAUCAUAAUUUGGACGUUUGUUUUUUACUUUUGGUAAUGUACUGCAGUCUGUUCAUGUGUUUUGUAUGUGAUAUAUAUAUAUAUUUGCGCUUGUGCAUUCAGAAUGUACAUUUCAGAUUAAUGCCAUAACUGAACACAUUUAGAGUUGUUGUUGAUGUGAUACUGGUCUAAUAAACUGAUUUCUUUUUGGUCCAGCCCACUCGAUAUUGGACUAAGCGUAAAAUGGCAUGUCAGAUAAAAUGAGUUGGAUCUAGACACCCUUGAUCUAUUAGUGUCUGAUAACGUCAUGAUGUGUUUAUCUUAAUAAUGCUCUAAUAUUAAACACUAUAAACUUCUAGGGUUAAUUUUUUAUUAUUGUUAUUUUAAUUUGUACUGUACAUACAGUAGGUUGGUCGGAUGUCAUACACCUGACUUAGCUUCUCAAAUAAAUUAAGCUUUACCUGAAAACUGCUUCAAUGAUUACUUGGUCAAGACUCACUCCUAGAAACAAAUUCUAGCAUCUCGCUAUUUUUUUUUUUUCUUCCCGACCA